AUGCCGACAUCUCGGUCAUUUCACAGCCAGGCGCGGCGCUCGGCUGGACGUAUUUUUGCGACCCGGUAUCCCACCCCUUAUAGUCACGUUCCACAUAACUUUGUAAUCUUGCGACACUACAGCAUUGCACUGGUGGGUCUCGGAUACCGGGGCUACAGAAGCCAUUUUCUCAGCCUAUCUGAAGAUCCGUCUGUUUCAAUAACCGCCGUCUGUGACACGAAUCGCGUGGCGCUGGACGCUUUCUCCGCGACACACAAGGGAAUCCCCACCUACCUUUCACUACCACAGCUGCUACAGAGCCACAUACCGGAUUUUGCAAUUGUGUCUGUGCCCCAUAGCGCCCACACUCAAUGCAUCACCACCCUUGCAGCAAAGGGCAUUUCGGUCCUAAAGGAGAAACCUGUUGCAGAAUCCAUUGCAGAGUACGAGUGGAUGACCAGGCUGCCAGUGAGGAUUGGAAUCACCUUCCAAAAGCGAUUUGAACCACAUUUUCUACAUUUUAAGAGCCUUCUCCCGCUUGUUGGAGAAGUUGCGGCGGUUGAGGCGAGCCUCACCCUCAAUAUUACGAACCUCGAGGAAACAUGGCGUGCAGCAUCCAGUGUCGGAGUCACGGAAGACCUGGGCUGUCAUAUGCUCGACAUGCUUGUGUGGCUUUUCGGACCGCCAACCUCCGUUAUGGCACACCAGGUCUCCUCUGUUCGACGUGGCCAAAGAUAUGGCGGGGAUGAUGUCUCUGACAUUCUAAUGGACUGGGGAGCAAAAAAUUGCAUCGGCCAUGUACGCCUGUCCCGCGUCGCCCAUAGACCUAUCCAAUCUAUCACAGUGACAGGGACCAAUGGUACGCUUCAUCUUGAUGGGUAUCAAAUCACCCAUCACGACAACAAUGGUUUUGAGACGUUAAAGGUCAAACAUCAGCCACGGCAAAAACAAGUGAUCCAAACCAUGGCCCAAGAAUUCGGUGACUGGAUAUCGGGUCGUCGACCUGAAUUUUCAUCCUCUUUAGGAAACGCGCUGCACACAGUUUCCGUUGUGGACGCUAUCAACGCGUCGCUUGCGAGCCGGCAGGUGCGGCACCCGCUGCUGCUGUCCUCUUCAGCCGGAGGUUUGGGUGCUGCCACUAACAGCCGGCCCUUGUCCAAAAUAUCCGGAAGCAGCCGAGGGUUUGCCGCCAACUUCUCUACCUCUUCCUCCUCGACCUCCUUCGCUUAUCCCGGCUACCGGGAGAAAGUAUUUCGGCUCAAUACUGGAGCCCCAAUCCCCGCCGUUGGCCUGGGUACUCGCAGAGCCGAGACGCCAGGGCAAGUAUACAAGGCUGUUCGUACGGCAUUAGAUGUCGGAUAUCGCCACAUUGAUGCAGCACAGUCUUCCGAGAAUGAGCAUGAGAUUGGCCGAGCCAUUAAGGAUUCUGGUGUGCCACGUAAGCAGAUUUGGAUCACAACUAAACUCGACAACAGAUGGCAUACCCGUGUUGAGAGUGCUCUGCAACUGUCUCUAGACGCGCUGGACAUGGACUAUAUCGACCUUUAUCUCAUGGUAAACGCGCCUCGAGCUAUCAUAUGCGAGGAUUCAUUGGCUGACCUCACAAGCAUUGGCCUGUAUCCGCCUGCCCCAACGAUCAGACCACCCAGCUGA